AUGGGUCCCAAUAAGUCUGAUGAUCAGACGGGGUUGCGGGGCAAGCGCAAUGAGGCACCGCGACCUCGGCCCAGAGCUGGAGAAGGAACAGGGGGGCUCUUUGAGGCGCGGAACUACCCCGCCGCAACCUCCCAAAACCGCUGCAACUCCUGUGCACCAAGAUCUACAGUAGAUACAACCAUGAAAACACCGGAACUGAAGUCCAGCGCGUCCCAGGGACAUAAUGACCGUCUUGGAUCCCUCGACGAAAUAAAUCAGAAGAUUUUAUUUGAGGAGAAGAGUUUAAUAAGAUUGUGGAAAACCGGCUUGAAACACAGCUUGUGUUUCACCGUGCUGAUGACGUGUAUCCUCAUUUUAGACAGAGAGUUACCUGGUGAAGUUGAAGGGAUCUCCAUGUACAAUCCUCAUAUCCCCUAUCUCUCAAUCCCUAAUAACCCACAAGAGGUCGACAACGCACUUGUAGUAACUCCUUUGGUACUACGAGUGUCCAUGGGCGGCGCUGAUUGCUUACCAUCAGAUGAAGAUGAUGAAGAUUAUGAUGAUGAUGAAGAUGAUGAUGAUGAUGGUAAAGAUUAUGAUGGUGGUAAAGAUUAUGGUGGUAAUGAUAAUGAUGCAGAUAAAGACGAUGAUGACGACGGUGACGACGAUGAUGAUGAUGAUGACGAUGAUGAAGAUGAUGGCGAAGUUGUUGAUGAUGAUGACGAUGAUGAUUAUUAUAAUGAUGAUGAAGGUGAUGAUGAAGAUAAUGAUGACGAUGAUGAAGAUGAAGUUGAUGAGGAUGAUUAUGACAUUGAUGAUGGUGAAGUUGAUGAUGAUGAUGAAGAUUAUGAUGAUGACGAUGUUGAUGAUAUUGAUGAUAAAGAUGAUGAUGACGAUGAUAAAGAUGAAGUUGAUGAGGAUGAUUAUGACGAUGAUGACAUUGAUAAAGAUGAUGGUGAAGUUGAUGAUGAUGACGAUGAAAAUGAUGAUGACGAUGUUGAUAAUAUUGAUGACAAUGAUGAUGAAGAUUAUGAUGACGAUGAUGAAGAUGAAGUUGAUGAGGAUGAUUAUGACGAUGAUGACAUUGAUAAAGAUGAUGGUAAAGUUGAUGAGGAUGAUUAUGACGAAGAUGACAUUGAUAAAGAUGAUGGUGAAGUUGAAGAUGUUGACGAUGAAAAUGAUGAUGACGAUGUCGAUGAUAUUGAUGAUAAUGAUGAUGACGAUGAUAAAGAUGAAGUUGAUGAUGAUGACGAUGAAAAUGAUGAUGUGAUGAUUAUGAUGACGAUGUGA